AUGAACCUAUUGCUGCUGUAUGGAUUCGUCUUUCGAUUAUCAUACUGCCAAGUCACUGAAUAUAGGCUCAGGCGUGCCCCAGCAAUCUGGGGCGAUGCUGCUCCAGAUUAUUCUAUAGCGACUUUCGGCAGUGCACCAUAUCGAUAUUUAUAUGCAUUACUUUUUGUAGAUGAUAAAAUUACGGGUUAUUAUGAAUAUGAUAUGGUACGGGUAAAAGCAAACAUUCUUAAAGUUGUAGAAGAAGCAAACACGUAUUUCAACCAACUGCGACUUGGUGUCGUUGUUGUGGACAUAAUGCAGACGAUGCGAAGUAAUCUUAGUCUUUAUGGAUUUCAGGAGUAUCGACGUCAACGCCUUCACAAACUGCCACAGCACGAUUUUGCCGCUUUGAUCUCGUUUCGCUAUGCUGGUGGCCUUGCCUUUGUCGGUGGUUUGUGCUCCGAUAAGGCUGUCAUGUUGUGCGGGUUCUAUCCAUCGUCUCCAUCUGCCAUGGGUUCAAUUUUCUUUCACGAGGUGGCUCAUCUAGUUGGUGUACCUCAUCGUCCUGCCAAUUAUUCUCUCUAUGUAUCAAACUGCGCUUGCAGGGGUUCACAUGGCAACAAUGGAUGUUUGCGAAUUCCUGGGUUCGAUCACGACUGCACGGCUCAGCAAUUUGUUAACGUCAUGUACCAGAAGAAGUGCAUUCGUACAAAACCAAUCGAAUCCACCAGCGAAGCCAUCUGCGGCAAUGGCGUUACGGAGCAGGACGAGCAGUGCGAUUGCGGACUUCCUGCACUGUGUGAUAGUUGGAAUUGCCAAGCCGAGACUUGCACCUAUCGAACGCAUCCGCUUAUUCUGUGGGCCGCGUGUGUAUCGUUCGUUGCAUUGUUCUCUGUGACUUUGGCACUUAUUCUGGUCUUCAAAGAAACGAUGCUGAACUGCUUCAAACUUCAUCGACAACGUCGUGAAUCCACAUUCCGUCAUGCACGAAUUCGUGCCCUCAGUUCUAGCCCAUAUCAGUCUCGAAAACAACACUACGGUGUUACGUUGAAUAAUGAAGCCAGUCCAUCAGUUACUGCUCCUCGCUGUGCAACACUGCAACGACCGAAGCAACCUCCUCCUCCACCACCACUCAAAGCUUCAAUCACAGUCGAUCCUGGAACGUCGUAUGCUCGUCAAGUCAGUAAUCGUGACGAUAUCUCUUGGAAAUUUGAAGAUUUCGACUCAGAUGAUGAUGAUACGAGUUCGCAAAAAGUGAACCUCUCAUCGUAUCCAGGACAACCAGGUGUCCCCACUUGUCCCAGCUAUCCAUCGUUUGCUCCAAUAAACAGGGUUACGGUGGAAUUCCGUGGCUCUGGUGCUACGAUGGACACUUUGUGCACGUCAAGCGGAGGAUCAUCAUCAAGUGCUGCCUCUCUUUGAACAUCCCGGAUUUUUUCGUUCCAUUUUGAGUGCUGUCUCUUCUCUUCAACUUAUUUUUCUAGUAUUUGUCUGGUGUUGUUGAAAUCCGUACGAGUUAAGUGCGGCAAACGACUUUUAAUCAAAAAUUUCUCAGCUUUUUUCGUCAAAAGCCAAUUCACGAAUUUGAUUCGCCUCUACACUUAUUAAUAUAUUAUUUUUGGGUUUUGUUUUUCUUUCACUGGGUGCUUGCCAAUGCUAAGUCCUUCUAAGCCUAAUUUAUGCACUGCGAAGUGAAAAAAACGUAUCCUCAUUGCCAAUGCUCUCUUCUUGAUUUGCUCUUUCAGUUAAUUGGAUCAAAACCUUGGAAGAAUCUUUAUCUAUGUAAGCAGAAUUUUGGAAAUGAGAAAUUUUCAUUCAAAACUUCCAUAGGCAUUGUGAAAAUAACUGAAUUUACAUAUCAAUAACACCAAAGGGUCUUCGAGGUUUUUCCUCCAAUGGUUUUAAUCCAAAGAAUUAUGUACUGGAUAUUUGUUGUGUGUGUACCGCGCGCAGGAGCGUAAUCGCGUCUGCUCUGCGUAACGUUGUCGAUUAUCAUAUUUUGUGUUAUUUAUAGCUGCGACAUAUGUGAGAUACUGUCAUUUUCCCACCAUUGUUCCGACAUUUUCCAUCAAUCCUGCAAAUGAAUCUCUAUUAUA